AUGAUUGAAAGUGGAAACCUAAACCAGGAAGAAAUAAUUAAAGAACUGUGUUUGUGCAAUGGUUUAUCUUAUGAGAAGGUUGGACAAGAAGGAUCAGACACUUCAAAACUGGAGAUGUUCUUCUCAGGGUAUCCCCAUAUAGUUGGAUUAUCAUUAUUUCCUAACUUAACAAGUCUUACAAUUGUUGCUCAAGAUAUAAAAGAAAUUUCAGGGUUAGAGACUUGUUUACAACUUAAAGAACUUUGGAUUGCUGAGUGUUGCAUAGAGAAAAUUGGAGGUCUUCAAGAAUGUAGAAAUUUGGAAAAACUAUAUUUAUAUUAUAAUAAAAUAUCCAAAAUAGAAAAUUUAGAGAAAUUAAUUAAAUUGGAAGUUCUUUGGCUGAACCACAAUACAAUUAAAAGUAUUGAGGGCUUGCAAACUUUGAAGAAUUUAAGUGAUCUCAACCUUGCUGGAAAUUUCAUAAGCAGCAUUGGUCGAUGUCUUGACCCCAAUGAGAAACUGGAAAAAUUAAACCUUUCUGGUAAUCAAAUAUGUUCCUUCAAGGAACUCACUAACUUAACCAGGCUGCGUUGCUUAAAGGAUUUAUGUCUGAAUGAUCCUCAAUAUAAAAGCAAUCCAGUUUGUCUGCUGUGUAAUUAUUCUACACAUAUGUUGUAUCACUUGCCAUGCCUUCAAAGACUUGACACGUUUGAUGUGUCAGCAAAGCAAAUCAAGGAACUGGCAGAUACCACAGCAAUGAAAAAAAUAAUGUAUUACAAUAUGCGUAUAAAAACUGUUCAGAGGCAUCUUAAUGAAGAUCUUGAAAAACUGAAUGAUCGAAAAUGUAAAUUACAAAAGUUGCCAGAAGAACGGAUAAAAUUAUUGAGCUUUGUGAAAAAAAAUUUGGAACAAGAACUGGCUGAACUCAAGGGUUCCAGCAAAGGGCACAACGAUAAAUCCAAUAAUAAUAAAGUAACUGAGCUUGAAAAAUCAAAGAAUUGUGAAACUGUCACAGAAGAACCAAGUCUUCAGCAAAUGAUACAGGCCAAACUAAAUGCCUUGAAUGAAAGGGUAACAUUCUGGAACAAAAAACUAGAUGAAAUUGAAGCAAUUUAUCGUAUUGAAGUAAAGCAAAAGAAGAAAAGCCAUGGCUUAUUGAUCCCAUUUUUGUUAAUUGAGUUGGAGACUGUGGGAAAUAUCCAUUUUGAAGAAGGCACUCGAUCUGAUGACUGGUUUAAUUCCUGCAAUGAAUUAAUCCUAUCACGUUUUUGUACAUGGGACUUCAGAACGUAUGGUAUUACAGGAGUAAAAGUAAAACGUGUCAUUAAAGUCAACAAUCGUAUACUGAGACUAAAAUUUGAAGAGAAAUUUCAAAAGUCUUUGGACAAUGAAGAUAUGCAUGAUUCAGAGAGCUAUCGAAAGAUGCUGGAAUGCCUUUUUUAUGUUUUUGAUCCCGAAGUUACAGUGAAGAAAAAGCAUCUGCUACAAAUACUUGAAAAAGGAUUCAAAGAGAGUGAAACAAGCAAGCUGCCUCUCAGAAAAGAAGCCGUUGUUCUUGCUAAUAACCUAAGUAUAUGUGAGUGUCCCAGAAUUGAAUUUCUACAGCAAAAGUACAAGGAUGAGAAGAAAAACUCUCUUGAGCAUGAGCUCUUCAGACAUGGCAUCCUACUCAUUACAAAGGUUUUCCUUGGCCAGAGUGUUCAGGCUUGUGAACAAGAAUCCAUCAAUCAAGCCAACUAUCCAAUGGUUAAUUCAGUGUUCAUUCCUCGGAAAUAUUUAUUAAAUUCCAUGCUGGGACAAAGAAACUGUGAUUGUGGCUUUCGGCAGUGCAAGUGGUUUGUCUUUGAUCAUGACCUUGUUUUGCCAGAAUACAUUGUUGAAUUUGAAUACAUUACAGUGGUCAAGCCUCAGUCUUUAUUUUCUUCAUUCAACAACAUUAUUGUAGAAGAAAGCAAAAAAAUUUCAGAAGGAUCAUUAUUGUCCCAAGAUUUGAAAUUUGAUGAUGAAGUUAUGAAAAUGGAGCCCAGGAUUAAGCCCCGACCAAAACUUAUUAGUUUGGAUGAUAAAACAAUACUUUCCAUUGCCAAGACUAGCAUUUAUAGUCGUAUUGUGAGUCUGAAUCUACAUGGAAACAGCUUGAGUAAAUUGAGAGAUCUCUCCAAGUUAACAGGACUUCGAAAACUGAAUAUUAGCUUUAAUGAAUUUACUUGUUUAGAUGAUAUAUACCACUUGUAUAACCUUGAAUAUUUGGAUGCAAGCCAUAACCAUGUGAUAACCCUUGAGGGAUUUAGAGGUCUGAUGAAACUAAAGCACUUAGACUUGAGUUGGAAUCAACUGAAAAAAUCUGGCGAUGAAAUAAAUAUGUUAUGCAAACAUACCACAAGCCUUCUUACUCUUGAUAUUCAACAUAAUCCAUGGCAAAAGCCAGCCACAUUGAGGCUGAGUGUUAUUGGCCGAUUAAAGACUCUUACUCACUUAAAUGGACUCCUCAUUUCUGAAGAAGAAGCAACAGCAGCUAUGAAAUUUAUUACUGGAACAAAGAUUACUCAGUUAUCUCUCUUACGACGUUCUAGCACUGAGGAGGAGAGACCACGGAUACUUAGUAUAUGGCCUUCUGCCAAAAUUCUGACACAGAUUUCAAAGUUAGGACCACAUUUACAUCCGAGUGGAAACUGGUACUUGAAGAUAACUGCCUUAAAUUUAGAUGGGCAACAUCUCUUUGAAAUCACAAAUUUAGAAAAAUUGGAAAAUUUGAAAUGGGCAUCAUUCAGCAAUAAUAAUCUCACUAAAAUAGAAGGAUUAGAAUCCUGUAUUAACUUGGAGGAGCUAAUAUUAGAUGGAAACUGCAUCUCAAAGAUAGAAGGCAUUUCCAAGCUGACUAAAUUAACCCGCCUCAGCAUAAAUAAUAAUCUUCUCACUGGUUUGGAAAAGCAUACUUUUGAUGACAUGCUUCAUCUUCACUCCCUUUCUCUUGGGAACAACAAAAUCACUUCAUUGAUUGGUUUACAAAAAACUUUUACUCUAAUUGAAUUAUACAUAAGCAAUAACUAUAUUACUGUCAAUCAGGAGAUCUACAAUUUAAAGGGUUUAUGCAACUUGGUCAUUCUAGACACAUAUGGAAACAUUAUUAUAUGGAAUCAAGAAAACUAUCGGUUGUUUGUAAUAUUUCAUCUUCCAGAACUGAAAGCUUUGGAUGGAGUCUCAAUUGAACCACUGGAGACUGAGAGUGCAAAAGAUUUAUUUGGUGGCAGACUUACUUCUGACAUGAUUGCAGAACGACAGGGACAUUCAAAUUUCACCCAAAUGGAAGAAAUAAAUUGGACUUCAUCAUCCAUCAGAACUGUGGAUUUGAUUCCAGUUGACCGAUUUAGAAAUGUGUGUAAUGUGAAUCUACAGAACAAUAAUCUUACCUCAUUCAGUGGAUUAAUCUAUCUGCCUAAUGUUAAGGUCUUAUGUCUCAACAAUAAUCAUAUUGAAUCAAUCAUGCCCAGACUAAAACCUCAGACUCACUUAACUAACAGGCAACUACUCUACCAGAAAGUGCCUUCAAGUGGCUAUGGACAGCAAGGAACUUCACAAAAAAACAGAGAUACAAUGAGCAGUGAAAAUUUACCUCCAGUGAUGCUCAGUUUAGAAGUUCUUCAUUUGGGCUACAAUGGAAUUUGUAAUUUAAUCCAGCUACAACUUAACAGGCUAAGAAAUUUAAAAUUUCUCUUUCUACAGGGGAAUGAAAUUAGUCAAGUUGAAGGGCUUGACAAUUUAGUAGUCCUUCAAGAAUUGGUAGUGGACCAUAACCGCAUCAGAGCAUUUCAUGACAGUGCUUUUGCCAAACCAAGUUCUCUGUUGGCACUUCACCUGGAGGAAAACAGACUGCGAAAACUGAGCAAAUUACAACCUUUGGUAAAACUAGAGAAACUCUUCCUAGGAUAUAAUAAAAUACAGGAUAUUGCUGAACUGGAAAAACUUGACGUUAUCUCUUCUCUCAGAGAGCUUACAGUGUAUGGCAAUCCAAUUUGUAGAAAAAUGCUACAUCGCCACGUGCUCAUAUUUCGACUGCCUAAUUUACAGAUGUUAGAUGGAAUUCCUGUGAAUUCAGAUGAUAGGGCAAAAGCUGAACUUCACUUCUCUGAACUACAAGCAAAGAAAAAUUUGUCUAUUCCUGUUACCAGCUCUCUUAUGGAUGGUGGAUCAUCUGGCCAAAUGAAAGCUCCUCCCGUAAAGAUAACAAAUGUAGUUCUUCCUGGUGGAUUUAGCCAUUACUUGGCAUCUGAUUUCACUUUAACUCCUGAAGUUGAAGACAAAAAAAACAAGAAUGCAGGGAUUGUGACAAAUAAUCCUCGGAGCAUCCAUGCAGAAAUAGCUUUUCAGCAACUCAGAGGCAUAAAUCUCUCUUCAUCCCUCCUGUCACCUCAGAAUAUUGCAUCUCCAACUGCACAAACGUACCAGAGCAACCAAGAUGAGGGAAGAAUUCCUGGGAGCAACUUUCCAAGAUCAAAUCGAAUGUAA